CAUUUACGUUAUGACGCAAUUUUUGCCAUGUUGGAAGGUAGUUUCAGGAGGAAGCGCUGUGACGGUAGACGGUAGCAGCGAAGGAACGCUGAGUAGAGAAACCAAAAGACACCAGGACGCACUCACUCGAAUGGUGUUUUGUCUCCUGUCGUCAAACGAUGUCAGUCACUGAGGACCUUCCAGACAUGGAUGGGACAGACCUGUUAGGGCUGCUGUUCCACAGUGGAGAGGUUGGGUCUACUGAGCCUCUCUUUCCUGAUGGGACCGGGCUCAUCGAAUCCUGGCUGUCUGAACAGGAUAUACUGACCGGUAUGGAUACUGAAGACUUUCUGUCCAGCUUGUUAGAGGAAGAGGACAACAUGGGGUCUAUCUAUCCCUCUCAUUCACCCUUGGGCAGCGACAGUGGUAUUUCUGAUGACAGCAGCUCUGGGGUUGGAAACAACAACCUUCUGGGAUGCCCGAGUCCCCAGAGCAGUGAUAGUGAUGUUGUGCCCAGUCCCAGCUACUCCCAGCCCAGCCCGGUGCACUCAGACCCUGCCCUGGCCCCUGGAGAACUGCAGACUGAGAGCGUGGAGGCCUUAACAGUCCAGGCGGAUCACAGCUACUCUCUGCUGCAGAGCGGAGGCAGGGACAUGGAUGUCCUGCAGAGUGUGAGGGCAGAGAAUCCAGAUACAGAUGUCUUCAUUGAUCUGGAUGACUUGGUGAGUGAGGCAAUGGAGGAGGACAUCACCAGCGAGCUGCCCUGCACUUUGGCCAUAGAGGACUCAACACAGGAUUCAACUGAACACAACAAAACAGACCAGUUCCAGUUUAAAGAGAUUGUGCUCACUGAGGAGGAGAAGCGGCUUUUGUCGAAAGAGGGAGCAACUAUUCCCACACACAUGCCUCUCACAAAGGCAGAGGAGAGGACCCUGAAGAGGGUCAGGAGGAAGAUCCGCAACAAGCAGUCUGCUCAGGAGAGCCGCAAGAAGAAGAAGGUGUAUGUUGAUGGACUGGAAAACAGGGUUGCCAUUUGCACUGCACACAACCUGGAACUUCAGAAGAAAGUCCAAAUGCUUCAGAAACAGAACAUUUCCUUGAUAGAGCAACUGAGGAAACUACAGUCUAUGGUGAAGAUGUCGACUAUGAAGGCCAGCACAACCAGCACUUGUGUUAUGGUGUUCCUGCUCUCGUUCUGUCUCAUCAUCUUCCCGUCAGUCAAUCCAUUUGGUGGAAACAAAGAACAGAAGGAACUCUACACACCCUCCUCCAUCAUCUCCCGGACCUUGCGCUCACUGCCACCAGAAAGCACAGAUGCUGUAUCCUACCUUGAGCCUGAAGAGGAGGAGCUUCGCUUGGUGCCCCAAGCAGAGGUGGAGAACGUUAAAGCCAUCUUUGCCGGUGGUCAGAAGAAUCACACGCCUGACUACCAGAGGGUGGAGCAGCCUGACUCGGAAACCGGAGUCAACAGCAACUCCUCGGCAGACUUCUCCAGUCCCACUCAGGCUGCAGAGAUGACGCCGGGGCCGGCUGGCGGAGGAGGGGCCUUACAGGAAGGAUCCAUUGAUGCUGCAGUGGCAUCUGCUGUGGCAUAUGAGGUCACAGGAUCCAAGGAUAACUGGAUAGACCGGAACCCCCCAUCUGUCAUAUUACAGCAGCACCGCUCAGAUGAGAUGUAGUAGGGAGAUGUUGAUCAAUAUAACCAGCAGAGGGAGCCAUAUUCCUGAUGUUUUAGGUGGAGGAAAGCUUAAACUUACAAAAAGGGGAAGGGAAAAUACCAGUAAAGAUAAAUGCCUGUCCCUACUUUUCCCCUACAACAGCCCUCUCAUGUACUACAGUUAACUUUAUUUGCACUUUGUUCUGAUUUCCUUGUUCCAGUGGGCAAAAAGAACUGGAGAGAGAUUUCUAUAUUUCAGCAGUGUAAACUACCUAAAGAAUAGGACAUUGCAGUGAUAAAAUACAUGCUUGCGUUGCUGGAGGCCGCAUGCUACUUUGGUGGUACAGAAGGCUCUCACCUUAUUGUACAAAGUGGUGCUAAUGACCAAAAUGUGUAAAUUUGUUGGCACUGCCACAGGAAAAUGUAUAAUGCACCGGCAGUAGAUUACUUUUAAGAGAGGUGUUACUUGAUGCCGUUAUUAUUUAUCGCCAAAUUCUAAGGAGAGCUUUGUUUUCUCUGGUCUGUCUGAUCACUUCCAGCAGAUCUAGAUGUUAACGUAAGCUGCUCACGAAUGACUCUCCCAUAGUAAAUUAUUGUGAAAAUAAGUAGUCCAACACUCCAAACUAGCCAGAAACAUCCAUUGCUUAGUAGAAGAUAGACUGCUUGAUUCACAUAAAGCUUGAUCAAAGUGGUUGACCACCGUAUUGCUUAAGCCAUUGCAGGACAUUUGGCCGUAGACUUGUAAAGUUUUAGUAUUUCCCUUGUAACAAGGGUAUCCAUGCUCCUUUUUAAUUUUGGAAUGCUUUGUUUUUAUGUUGUUCAGAAAGGCAAGAAAAAAAUGUCUGCAAAAUAUAGUUUGUCAUGGUUAGCCAAUCCAGUCUACCCCUGCAGUCUCCUGUUUUGCAGCUUCAUGGGACAAUUCUUACCUUUUUUAUAAACAUGUCUGAAAUACCUUAGCAGCUGUGUGCACAGAAUAAGGGGUUUGAUAUAUUUGCUCAGUAAACCAUGUUGCAGUAUAAUAUGCUCAAAAAUGUAAUGACCUGUUUUGUCAGUGAGGCAUUUUUGUUGUUUUUUGUGUAUUUCUUAUGUUACCAUCAGUAAUAAAUGGAAUCUAAAUAGUAUUGGAGCUGCUUUUCGUUAUAAUCAGUCAGUCAAUGAGAUUUUAAAUGUUGAUCAUGUUGAACAAAUGCACUGACAUUUGACAUAGUCCAAGAAGGGAAUGUAAAUACCCUUAAAUGAUUGUAGCUCUUCUGUACAUUUGAACUCUUUAUGUGAAAGACAUGUCUGGAGCUCUAUAAUAAACUUUAUAAAUCGGAA